AUGGCACUGGGGCUCGUGGUCGCAAGGUGGCUGUUGCUGCGGACAGGCGACGGGCCGAGCGCACCCUUCGGCAAGGAACUGACCAGAACCUGCUGGAAGCUGAUGGUGGCGACGCGAGGGAAGCGCAGAGAACUCGUUGGAUCAUGCGCAUGCAGCAGGAUGUUGAGCAAGCACCGCCACCGGUACGACGACAACAGCGCCAGGAUGCGGCUACGGGCGGGGGGGGCGGUGCGCAAACGCACGGCGGAGGGAAUCAGUCGCGGGCGAGAGGCCAUGGCCCAUGUCGUACAACGCCAUUGGACGUAG